UGGAGCACGCAGCACAGCCAGUGUGUGUGUUAGCUUGAACGUAGCGGUGAUGAUUUGUCCAACUUCCAGAUAACCUGCAGCCACGCCAAAAUGACAGACUACGCCGAAGAGCAAAGGAAUGAACUCGAAGCUAUAGAGUCCAUCUACCCAGACUCUUACACAGUGCUUUCAGACGACCCCACCAGCUUCACCAUCACUGUGACAUCAGAUGCAGACGAAAAUGGUGAAAUCGUGGAAGCAACGCUUAAGUUCACGUACGUAGAGAAAUACCCGGAUGAGCCUCCGCUGUGGGAGAUCCACUCCCAGGAGAACCUGGAGGACGACGACGCGGAGGACAUCCUCACCUUACUGCAGCAGCAGGCAGAGGAAAACAUGGGCAUGGUGAUGAUCUUCACCCUGGUGACAGCCGUUCAGGAGAAACUCAACGAAAUAGUGGAUAUGAUGAAAAACAGACGAGAAGAGGAGAAACAGCGGAGAGAGGCCGAGUUAGAGGAAGCAGAGAAGGUGUUGUUCCAGGGCACCGUGGUAACCAUUGAAAACUUCCUGACGUGGAAAGCCAAGUUUGAGCUGGAGAUGUUUGAGCUGAGGAGUAAAAUACAGAAAGAGGAGGAGCAGGGAGGGAAGCUCAAACUCACCGGUAAACAGCUGUUUGAGACGGACCACAACCUGGACACGUCUGACAUUCAGUUCCUUGAAGAAGCUGGGAACAACGUGGAAGUGGAUGAGUCACUCUUCCAGGACAUUGAGGACUUGGACUUGGAUGAGGACGACCCAGACUUUAACCCUUUAGCGAUGGGGAGUGAUGAGGACUAAAGCUGGAGUAGGACAGAGGACUGACGGGAACCACACCUGCUCCUCUCUGGGAUACCAUCAUCUGACCAGACAAAUUUAGUUUUGAAAGACUCUUAACAGUUGGAGAGGGUAUCCUCGUGAAUGCAACACACACACACACACACCAUCGAGUGUUAAUUUCUAUGCCUGAACAAUUAAAUUGACCGACUAAACGUGUGACUUGGCUCUGAUGCUGUUUGACAUGCAGGACGUCCCGGUGACAGGCCUGCUACUUGGCCAGAAGGGGGCAGUAUAAUAUCACGUAUGGCCAGGGAGUAGAAGAAGUAUUCAGAUGUUUUCCUGGCAUGAAAGUAGAAUAAUACUCCAUUACAAGUAAGAUUACUGCAUUCACUCUCUUAUUUAAAGGUGCAAUCAGCAAUUGUAUUGAGUUCAAUUAUCAACAUUUUGUUUCCAGAUUGGCAGAAUCCACCACUAAAUAACAGUAUUGGCAGCAAAAUAUAUAAAAUCGACUAUGAAAAUGAAAAGCACUCUUUAUGAAGAGUUUUAUCAUGGAUGUGAACCGCAUUACUAUGUUGUAGCUGGUUCAGGGGGAGUCGAAAGCUUCUACUGCAGUUGAAUUAUAUUAAUUAUUUCAAAUGUACAUCACAUGUUGGAAAUGUAGUAUAUAUAUUUUAUAUAUUGACCAUGUGGCUCUGCAAAGUAAGUAGUAACUAAAGCGUUCAUAUGAAGAAGGUGGAGUCAAACAAAUGCAGUAUUUGCUUCUGAAAUGUGGGGGAGUAGAUGUAGCAAAACAUCAAAAUAUUGAAUUGCAAGUACUUCAAAACAGUAAUACAAACAUAACUGAUCCAUUGUAACUGAAAACGUUAAUUAGUGCAAUUGUAAGUACAAUACUUUGGUAAUUAUAUCUACUUAAUUGAUGAAUACAUGCGACUACAAAUACAGAUGGUCCUAUUGUUUUCUAAAUAAUUAGGCGAUCCCCAGGUCAAUAGGUCAAUAAACUAAAAUAUUUCAUAAAAUGUUUUACACAUGCAAAUUACCCAUUAUAUUAUUGGAUAUCUUAUCAAAUGUGUGCUAAUCUGCAUACGUUUUCAGAACAGAGGAUAAAGGCUGUUUCUUGUUUCAUUUUAUUGACAGUCAAAGGUUUUAACAAAGGGAAUUUUGUAUAUCUCCAUAUGUCAGAAAAUACAGUCAGCAGACAUAAAAAAAAAAGUUUUUAAUAAUAAAAUAUAUAAAUCAGGCUAUGAAUGACAUGAACAAACCUCUCAUUAAACCUUCAGAAUAGAGAGGAAUGGAACUGAAGUUUGGUGUACGUAAGAGCUACUGAAGUGGAGAUUUCUGGAUCAGAGUCUGAGAAAAAAACUAAUUUGGAAAAAAAGGCCUUUAAAGA